AUGGCCUACGAGGGCUAUGGUAGCUCUCAGCCCUACGAGCAGGGUGCCUUUAAUGGGUCCAAUUCAUACGCCAACUCACAACAAUUUCACAAUCAUAUUUUGCAAGCGUCGUACCAUGGCAACUAUGAACCCACGUCAGAUGGAACCCGGGUGCCAAUACCGCCCCAGCAUCCUCCUCCGAACUCACAGUCUCCUAUUCCUCCACCGCCCAUCACAGCUCCGCCAGCCACCGGAAUCCCAGAGCCAUUUCCGGAUCCAUCGCGAUUUUAUCAGAGCAAUAGCCAACCUACCACAGAGGGUACCGGCCCCGCAUUCCAGCCGAAACUCGACAUCUCGCCCGAGAUUAUUGCCCAGAUCACUUCCAGCGUCAUUCAACAACUCAAAGGCUUUAAUUUUGGAGCUAAUAUCCCGCGUCCACCGCCGAACCAAACUGCUCAGAACCCUGAUAUAACGUCGUUCACUCCAUCUGUAUCCGAAAUUUCCCAUUCAUCUCCAAAUACCACCACUAAAGUCUACACUCCACCCUCCCCGUUCAGACAGGCACAAGAUGGAUCUGGCCAGUCUCCCCAAUUUUCAAACCUACAGUUUACACAGAAUAUUCACGGCUUAUCGCAAGGUCCUGUGGACCAGGACCGAAUUUCACGAGUUUUCUUUGACGGGCAUGAGCACCGGCCUAGGUCUUCUCGCCUUACCACGCAGGACGAAACGCCAGCCGAACGGAUAUGGGGACAGCUUUUUGAUAAGGAGGGAUUACCAACUCCAAGGCUGGGCCAGUUCCUGCGCGGAAUUGCCGCUCACCUGAUAGAAGUUUUUCCACCUGAAAAUACUCUAGUUGUUACCCCAGACAAGAUGCAGAAAUAUUACGAAGAUACCAAAUCACUGGCUGAUCCGUAUCCAUGGAAAGAUAUAUUUGAUGAUGGGACGUCUUCAAUUUCGCGUCUUUAUCGAGAGGUCCAAGCGGAGCAUCAUUUAAUCCAGGAUAGGUUAGAUCAAAGGCCUGAUAUACCGGGCCUUACGCCUCGUGGGUUUGAGCGCUGGAUGAGACUCAUGAUCGUCGCCCACCCCGAACAAGAAUACCAGCGACUUCAGAGAACCGUUCUGGAGAUGCCCAUUAACAACCCAGAUGAUCCGAAGGAGCGGUUCCCAAAGGAGCUUCCUCGGCGUCUAUUUCCCAAGUCUCCCGACCAUAAUGUGAAAGAGCACCUGGAACGUUCAAUCCUGACUCACUGCCAUGUGGAUGUCUCAAAGCCGGUGAGCAGAGAUCAAUCGCAGCCCAACACCCAGCGGCACCGUGUUACACCUUCAGUUGGCACUCCACCGCCAAGAUCAGACCCAAGGUUGAGUUCUCCAUUCGAAGAGGAAGACGAAGAGGAUGAAGAGGAUGAUGAUGAACCACCCGCGCCGCCGCCACCGGCACCACCAGCAGUAGCCCGCCCUAUUGAGCGCAAAAGGAAGCCGUAUUCAGUACAGCCCGGUGCGGGAAGGAUAUAUGAGGAUAAGCUGAAGCGAAACCUGAACAGCCCUGUGGAGCAAGCUAAAUACCGUGAGUUUGGUAGUCGCCGCGGACGUCGUAGUCCCGCUACUGGGCGCAAACGUGAGUCGAAGGAUUAUCGCGACACCGACUUCGUGAAGACUCCCAUUUCAGCUCGAUUCCGCGACGAGAGUGACUUACGAGCCAUGGGCCAGCCGAGAGGAAGAAGCAGAAAGGGUGAACGAACACAUGGUCAUUUGCACGAUCGCGAGUUUGAUAGAGAAGGCCAAAGCGACAAUCCUUCUCGUGGAAGCUGGGAUACGGACGAAGAGGACUAUUAUCGGGCUUCCAGUGCGCUCAGUGGCAGGGGUGGGCGGAACACUCCACUCUACGAUGAUGACCACUGGGCUUUUCGUUAA